AUGGUGAUUUCGAAAGACGGCGGGCUGGCGAUCGGCAUCGACCUGGGGACGACCUACUCAUGUGUGGCCAUAUGGCGGCGAGAUCGCAGCGAGUUUAUCGCCAACGACCAGGGCAACCGCCUCACGCCGUCCUGCGUCGCGUUCACCGACGACAAGAUGUUUGCCGGCGAGGCGGCCGUAAACCAGGCCGCUUUGAACCCCACCAACACAGUUUUCGAAGUAAAGCGAUUGAUCGGCCGCAAGUUCAGUGACGAGAUUGUACAAGAAGAUAUCAAGCUGUGGCCUUUCAAAGUCGUCGCAGGUCGUGACGACCGCGCGAUGAUCGCGGUGCAGUACAAAGGCAAAGAGAAGCAGUUCAUGCCCGAGGAGAUCUCCGCCAUGGUGCUCACCAAGAUGAGGGAGACCGCCGAGGUGUACCUCGGCACCACGGUCAAGAACGCCGUGGUCACCGUCCCUGUCUACUUCAACAACUCGCAGCGCCAGGCCACCAUAGACGCCGGCACAAUCGCCGGCCUGAACGUCAUGCGCAUCAUCAACGAGCCCACCGCCGCCGCCAUCGCGUACGGCCUGGACAAGGUGCCCGUCAGCAGCAAAGGGAGGACGGUGCUCGUUUUCGACCUCGGUGGUGGCACCUUCGACGUCUCCCUCCUCCGCAUUGAUCCCGGCGUCGACAUUGGCAUGGGUCUGUUCGAGGUGAUGGCCGUCGCCGGCGACACUCACCUCGGCGGGGCGGAUUUUGAUAACGAGCUGGUGAGGUUCUGCCUCCGUGACUUCAUAAGAAAACACUUCAAGACAGGCAUCAGAAGCGACCAGAGGGCGCUCAGGAGGCUGAGGACUGCAUGUGAGAGGGCGAAGAGGAUGCUGUCUUCCACGACAGAGACCACCAUUGAGGUGGACUCGCUACAUGACGGCAUCGACUUCAGUGUCUCCAUCACCCGGUCUCGAUUCGAGGAGCUCAACAAAAACCUUUUCAGCAUGUUUAUGGAGAUCGUGGAGAAGUGCCUCCUGGAUGCCAAGGUGGAUAAGAAGAGCAUCGACGACGUCGUCCUCGUGGGCGGGUCAACUCGUAUCCCCAUGGUGCAGAGCAUGCUGAGGGACUUCUUCGACAGGAAGGAGCUCAGCUGUAGCAUCAACCCUGAUGAAGCCGUUGCGUACGGCGCAGCUAUCCAGGCCUCCAUCCUGAAUGGUGAAGAAAUCCGCGACGGGACGGUGGGCGAUAUGCUUCUCCUGGAUGUAACUCCACUCUCACAUGGGAUAGAGACCGAUCUUGAUCAUACAAUGAGCGUGGUGAUCCCAAGGAACACCGCCAUCCCGACCAGGAAAGUGAGGCGGGAUUUCACCACCCAACUCGACAACCAGGAGGGCGUCCGCAUCAAGGUGUACGAGGGUGAGAGCGCUAGCACCAAGGGUAACCACCUGCUCGGCGAGUUCUGGCUCACUGGCAUCCCACCGGCGCCCAAGAGAGUACCUGUCAUCGAUGUCACCUUCGACAUUGACGCAAACGGCGUGUUGAACGUGUCAGCGGAGGUCAAGACCGCCGAGAGGAAGAACAGCAUCACCAUCACUAACCACAGCGGACGGCUGAGCAAGGAGGAAAUCUUGCGCAUGGUGCAAGAGGCACAGAUGUACAAGGGGAAGGGUUUUAGAAAUAUAGUCAAAUUCAUAUUUAAUUUAUUCUAGAAAUAAGACUUACGUAGAAUAAUUAUGAUAUCAUACAUGUACUUGUUUAGAUUAAACAUCAUGGAUAUAGAUAUAGCACUGAUCAGAAUAACAUCAUCCAACUUA